UGGUGGCGCUGGUGGCGCGGACGGGGUGGGAAGCGGCGGUGCUGUGCUCCGAGUGGACGGUCGUCACGUGCGACAACAGAGGCAUGGUCACCAACAUCGACAUCAGCAACAACCAGUUUAGCGGCCCUCUGCCUGAGUCCAUGACCCUCCUCAUCUUCCUGGAAGUCCU